AGCCUUUUAAAUACCAAAAACAGAGAGAACACAGACGUAAAAAUAUAAGUCAUCUCUCUCUCUCUUCCUCUUCUUUGGCUUUGCUUUCUCUCUCCUCGGCGAUCCCUAAUCUUGUUAGGGUUAGGGAUUUGAAUCCGAUGCCACUGUGAACUCAGAGAUCGGUCCCGAAGGUAUCAUUUCUGAGAGGUUCUUGUCCCCACUGGCGAGCAGGAGAGUUGAAAAGAUGGAUCAUGAUGAGACGGGAUGCCAAGCUCCUCCUGAAGGUCCUAUUUUGUGUGUUAACAACUGUGGCUUCUUUGGUAGCGCAGCUACCAUGAAUAUGUGUUCCAAGUGCCACAAGGAUAUGUUGUUAAAACAGGAGCAGACUAAGCUUGCUGCAUCUUCCUUUGGAAGUAUUGUGAAUGGAUCAUCAAGCAGCAAUGGAAACGAAUUGGUUAUUGCAACUGUGGAUGUGGAAGUCAACUCAGUGGAGCCAAAGGCCAUCUCUGUGCAGCCAUCCUUCAGUUUCGGGGCAGGGGAGAGUAGUGAGGCAAAGCCAUCCUCCUUCAGUUUUGGCUCAGAGGAGAAUACUGAGGCAAAGCCAAAGGAGGGUCCAAAACGUUGUAGCAGCUGCAACAAGCGGGUUGGUUUAACGGGGUUCAAUUGUCGGUGUGGCGACCUUUUCUGUGCAGUACAUCGCUAUUCUGACAAACAUGGCUGCCCCUUUGACUAUCGCACUGCUGCACGUGAUGCUAUAGCUAAAGCCAACCCCGUUAUCAAGGCAGAGAAACUUGAUAAAAUCUGAAUUUGUCUGGGUGGAGUUCCAUGUGUUGAAAUUGGACCUCAGUUUCAUCCAUGAGAUGCUUCCUGAGUUUCCUGCAUAUCUUAGUGGUGUCCUUUUAUAUUGUUAUAUUUGCUGGGAGGCAAGGCAUAUUAGGACAUCUCUGCACUUUGAAGAACUCUGUACUAGGGUGUUGUGAGAAGUUGUAUGUUGCCUACAGUGUCUUAAGUCUUUAAGAACAUGUUUGGAGAGUGUGAUCAUAUGAGAAUUUUGUGAAUAAUAGUAAGAUAGUUUGUGAAUAGUAGUGAGAUAGCUUGAAUUAAUGUUUUGUGAGAUUUUGGGAAAGGUGAGAGAGAAAGUUGAAUAAAAAAUAUUAUAAAGUUAAAGUAUUGUUAGAAUAUAGUUUUGUAAUAUUA